AUGAAGUUCCCAUCCAGCAUCAUCCUCGCUCUCCUCCCCCUCGUCCUCGCCAACCCCAUCGCCGAAGCUCCCGCUUCAGCAGAUGGACCAGCCGCCAUCCCAUUCGGCCAAGUCGACGGCCUCAUGAGACGCGAAUCCUGCAGCGUAACGGGCAAAGGCGGGCUCAAUGGCAGUGGAACUUGCAAGAACACUAAUUACUGGGACUGCAAUUAUGUCAGUGUGCCGGGGUUCUGUCCGGGUCCGUCGGACUACCAGUGCUGCCGUAAUAUUGCUUGCUCGGGGAAGUAUUCGGGCUGGACGUGCCGGAAUACGUACAAGGGCUGCGGGUCGGGCUCGAAAUUUGUGACUGGAUAUUGCCCGGGCGAUGAAACCAUUAAGUGCUGCGUCCCAAGCUAG